AUGGCUACCGGUGCUCAACUACCGGUGCCACUCAUUGACUUUCGGACUAAUAAAUCAUUGACUAUAAGUACCUACAAGUACUAUGCCUUUCAAAACCAGGCGACACAAGAUUACCUGAUUUGGUGCGGAAAUACCGGUGCCAUUUCCAACGCACCCGUCAAGAGUAACUCGUCGUUUUGGCACACAUUUCAGAAACUGGAGGUCCCGGCCGGCAAUUACUACCGGUUCACACACGGAGACCCCUCAUUAAAUUGCCGACACGUGUCCAAAAAACUGGAGGUCCCGGCCGGCAAUUACUACCGGUUCACACACGGAGACCCCUCAUUAAAUUGCCGACACGUGUCCAAAGUAUCGGCCGCACCUAUCAGUGGAUACGUAUUGCUGUUUAACAAGGACUGCGGUGGCGAUACUAAUCCGAAUGUUGACGAUAGUGCUAAUGGACACUCGAUAAACUGUGUGCCACCGCCUGCUGAUAUGAACAACCCUGGUCCGUUGUAUUAUUGGAAAAUUAUUCCUCAACCUAAAAAAUGAAUUGCUAUUUAAUUUUUUUUAAAUUUUAAUAAAGUUAUUUACAUUCAUGCGAACAUAAUAUCUA